AUGGCGGACAAUGAAGGCCGCCGAGGAGGUUUUUCAGCAGCACCUCCGACGGCUCAAUCUUCGUCUUCCUCUGCUUCCCGUCCAGAAACCAUCUCACUUUCUCCUUGCUCCUUCGGCGACAUGAUGUUCAUCGGCGGAGGAACCAAUUCGGCAGGCGCCUUUGGGUUUGGGUUCAGCCCCGGCCCGAUGACUCUGAUUUCCAGCCUAUUCGCCGACAGUGAAGACUCCAAGUCCUUCUCCCAGCGACUCACUGGCGUCAUGUCCCCUGCGGUGGUGGGUUCUGUCCCUUCUAGCAAGCCUCGUGAGGAGAAAGGGUCGAGUGGUGGUGGAGGAGUUAGUAGGCCGGGGAAUUUGACGAUUUCGCCGCUUCUGCCAGCAUCGAUGUUCAUGAUAUCGUCAAGGAUGAGUUCGAUGACUCUGCUCGAUUCGCCCGGGCUGGGACUUUUUUCUCUUUAUGGACCCUAUGGAAUCACACACCAGCAGGCCUUAGCUCAGAGUGGAAAUCCGAACAAGUCGAAAGAGCGAAGAGAUCUGGAAUCUAACCAAACUGCAGGAGACCAUUUAUCCGCGACAAGCGAUAGCGAGGUAGGUGGCACUGAAGCUGCUGCGGAUGAGAACGACAAAGCUAAGAUGGAUGCCAAAAGAAGAAAUAUCGAGGUCAUGGUAAAAGAGCCAACUUCAUCACAUAGAACUGUCACAGAGCCAAGAAUCAUUGUGCAGACUACCAGUGAAGUUGAUCUCUUGGACGAUGGCUACAAGUGGCGAAAGUAUGGACAGAAUGUUGUUAAAGGAAAUCCAUACCCAAGGAGCUACUACAAAUGCACAACCCAAGGAUGCAAUGUCCGAAAACACGCGGAGAGGGUUGCGUCAGACCCAAAAUUCAUCAUUACAACGUAUGAGGGCAAACACAAUCAUGACAUCCCAACCGCCAAAAACAGCAGCCACAUCAUUGCCAAUAGCCUGAACAGGCUUGCUAGCAAUUCUCAGCAAAAUAUAGCACAGUUGCGUUUGAAAGAAGAACAGAUAACAUAG